UCUGAUUUGGACUUCAUCGUAACAGGCGCAUCCGAUGGAGCUGUGCGUCUCUGGGCCGUUAAACGAAACGGCCGAAAAACUGCUGUAAAGCUGCUCGAUGAAGUUGCUCGCACCACAGUGGCUCCGGUGAGUUAUUGCACAGGUGCUGCAAUAAGCCGGAAAACUCAGGAUAUUGUUUUCGUAGCAUACGCCCUUCCGAUCGGUACUUUGAUUGCUACGCAGUUCAUGGUCGACAUUGGUUCCGGGGAUGCAGUAAAGAAGCUGACUUAUCAGGAGAUCUCAUUCUUACCCGCUUUUGUUGUUUCAAUUGCAACCCAUAUCGUUUCGAAUGGUAAGUGUUCCAUUUUAAAACAUUACUGA